AUGGCCGGCGUGCUCGACAUCGAACGGUCUCGCACCCGCCGCGAGCGAACCUUCAUUGGCAGCGAGUGCGCCGUCUGUGAGGAGCCCCUGGAGCACACACUGCGUGGCGAGCGCAUACUUCAGCUGUCUUGCGGCCAUGUUUCCCACGAGGCCUGCUUCUACGAAUACAUUCGCGAAUUCGAUUCUCAGCACUGCCCGACGUGCAACGCGACGCUGGGUCUUGACACCAGCCGAGGUGGGAACGUGUUGGAUCUAGAGAAACUGAGUACUAUCGUCCGAUCCGUGCAGAAUGACGCGGGUAGUAGCCACCGCAGCAACCAGAAUACCCCCACACCAUGGGACAAUCAGACGGUGCGGAGCGAGCCACCGCCUCAGCAGCAGCAGCAGCCAACAGGCAGGCCGCGAAACGACAGCGAUGUCAGCAGCCGGUACCAGCAAUCACAGAUGUCAAUGUCGCGGCCGCAACGAGACUCAUCCCAUUCGCGAGAGCGGUCGGAGAACAACAUGCGGUCCAUGUCGCGCCAGCACCUGCGCAGUGACAGUGGCGCGACGGGAAUCGCAUCUUCGGGAGACUAUGCGGCCACGCACGACGGCAGGCGCCACGAUUACGAUGUGCAGUCGAUGGAAUCGAGCCUGAGCAGCCCGCGCGGCCUGCUGAAGAGUCCAAUUCCAGCACCCACGGUGACGGUGCGCAGCGAGUUCCCGACGCUGAGCAAGUCGCGCCAACAGCAGAGCUUGACGUGUCUGGUGACAGUGGAGGUGGUCGAGGGGAAGUGGAGGCCCGACCCCGAAGAUGUGCGUGGCGCGCCGCCGAUGCCGUCGAUAGCGAGCGCCACGGAGCAGUUUGGGCGCACAAAAUCCCCGGUACGCAACAACCGACAGUUCGAUACGCCGUACGAGUCGGAGGAGGCGUUGGAGGAGAUUACCGAGGACCUGCACUCACGCGUCGACAACUGGCACGGCUUGGACUUUUCGCGUUUUGGCAAGCUGCGCCUGCACGGCCACGUGCGCGUUGGGAAGGACCGCCAGUCGUGGCAGGAACUCGAGUGCUACCUCUUCUCUGAGAUGCUCAUCUGCGUCAAGGAAAAGAAGACCAGCCAGCCCGACAAGUGGGAGGGCGAGUCGGGCGCGCCCAAGAAGCCCAAGUGCACGCUCAAGGGCUCCAUCCUCAUCAAGAAGCACCUGAACCAGGUCGAGCACUCUCCCGACGAGGCAAUCCUGACACUCAGCCUCUCUGUGGCCGAACUACCCUCGUUCCAUCUGCAGUUCCAAAACCGGAGCCAGCUGGAGCUAUGGAGGCGCGCCCUGAUGGACAUUCGGAUGGACUUUCCCACACCGCAGCGCAUGCCGGACUUCGACCAGGACAACUCGGGCACAGAGGACGAGGACUACCGACGCCCAAAGCGCAUCUCGUCCAUAGCAUCCUCAUAUGGCGCUGCACGGUCUACCGUCACUGCGCCCACCGAAUACACCAGUUCACGCGCUGGCGGGCCAGAACCGCGCCUGUCAGGUGGUCUGCACGUGCCGUUGGACAUCGUCGUGGUCAUUCCGGUCUCAUCAUCCAUGCAAGGCUUAAAGAUCAAUCUGCUGCGCGACACGCUUCGCUUCUUGGUACAGAACCUGGGCGAACGCGACCGCAUGGGUCUGGUCACCUUCGGCUCCAGUGGCGGCGGGGUGCCGAUCGUGGGCAUGACGAGCAAAAACUGGAGAGACUGGUCAAAGGUUCUCGACUCCAUCCGCCCUGUGGGCCAGAAGAGCCUUCGCGCAGACGUGGUGGAAGGUGCCAACGUAGCCAUGGACCUGCUCAUGCAGCGCAAGUCGAACAACCCUCUCUCCAGCAUCCUCCUCAUCAGUGACUCGUCCACAUCGGAUGCCGAAAGCGUCGACUUCGUGGUAUCUCGCGCCGAGGCCGCAAAGGUUACCAUCCAUUCCUUUGGUCUCGGACUGACCCACAAGCCCGACACCAUGAUUGAGCUGUCCACGCGUACGAAGGCAUCGUACACGUAUGUGAAGGACUGGAUGAUGCUGCGUGAAUGCGUAGCGGGUUGCCUCGGUUCUCUGCAAACCACCUCCCACCAGAAUGUGAAGCUUAAACUUCGCCUACCGGAAGGGUCUCCGGCAAAGUUCGUCAAGAUUAGCGGCGCUCUACACAUCACCAAACGCGCUACUGGCCGUGAUGCGGAGGCAUCGUUGGGCGACCUGCGCUUCGGAGACAAGAGAGAUAUCCUGGUACAGCUGGCGAUUUCACCAGAUACCGCGUCUCCGGAGCAGCUUCCGCAAGAUCCUUGGGAAACCAUCGUUUCAGGUCUCGAAGCCCUAGGUGGGCCCCUCGACCAGGAUGAUUCCCGCACUCUCAGUGUCGAAGAAGUACCGCUGAUUCAGGCGGACCUUACCUACGGUGACAUACUUCGGGACGGCUCAAUAGCACAUCUACCACGUCCGUCCCUGUUGGCCAUCACCAUUCUACCUUCGCUGUCGAAGAAAAACUCAAGCGGCCGACCACCGACGCCGCCUAUCCCGCCGCACCCUCAUGUCGUGCAGCGGCGUAUGGAGCUGCUGACCUCCGACAUGUUGACUCGCGCGCUUACUUUAGUUUCACGGGGUCAACAUGACCGGGCACACCACUUGUUGAAAGAGACGAGGAGUAUCUUGAAGGGUCUUGGAAAGGGUGGCUUGCCUCCGCUACCACCGCCCGGUCACCGACGAAAUGACCCGCCAAGCGCGCCUGGUAGCACAGGUCACUCAUCACCGGUAGACGGCAGCGACCGCCCGAGGACACCGUCGCCGCACGCGGAGAAUCCCUUUACUCCGGCCGCUGGUAUCGACGCGACAACUAUGCAUGCGCUCGAUGCUGAGUUGGAAUCCAGCUUGGAGUGGAUCAACCACCCUGCAGUGUUCGGUAGAGAUUCGCGCAAGGCUGUGCUCCAAGCGAUUGGCGUCAUUUCGUCACAGCGUGCAUACACAUUUCGGACCCCAUCCGAAGCCCUGUGGGCCGACCGCAUCUUGGGCGUCAAACGCCUGGCCGAACGCUCGCGGGACUGGCGCGAAGCAGGCGACGACCAGCCGCUCAUGGAAGAAAAUUAG